CUCCACCACAGCUCCACCACAGCUCCACUGCUGCUGCUGCUGCUGCCUCUAUCAGCUCCACCACAUCUCCUGCUGCUUCUGCUGGGUUCUCUGAGCCCGGCUUCCCCUGCUGCUUCCACUGAAUCUGCUCCCGCUGCCUCUCUCCGCUCCACGUCUGCUUCUGCUGCUUCGGCUCUCCUGCUGCUGCUGCUUCUCGAAGCUCUGCUCCAUCUGCUGCUGCUGCUGCUGCUUGAGUCAGUUCCGCGCCUCUUGUUGCUUCUGCUGUUAAAAAAACUGCUACGCAACAUCGUCACCAGCAUCACUGCUGCGUAUUACGUACGCUGUUACUGCUGCUGCUGUAAAGUAUCCUGCUGCAAGUGGUGCCGCUUCUCCAAAUCCGUACUUCUACAGUACUGUACUUGUGUUGCAAGUCACCGUAAAGUUAUACUGCUGCUUCUCUUGUGAGUUAUACUGCUGCCUGCUCCUCUGUCUUGCAAUGUUGCUGCUACUGCCGCUGCUCCGACUGCUUCACAUGCAGCAGUAAGUUAACCCGCUGCUUCUGACUGCUUCACACGCAGCAGUAAGUUAACCUGCUGCUUCUGACUGCUUCACGUGCAGCAGUAAGUUAACCUGCUGCUUCUGACUGCUUUACGUGCAGCAGUAAGUUAACCUGCUGCUUCUGACUGCUUCACGUGCAGCAGUAAGUUAACCCGCUGCCUCUGACUGCUUCACAUGCAGCAGUAAGUUAACCUGCUGCUUCUGGCUGCUUCACAUGCAGCAGUAAGUUAACCUGCUGCUUCCGACUGCUUCACGUGCAGCAGUAAGUUAACCUGCUGCUUCUGACUGCUUCACAUGCAGCAGUAAGUUAACCUGCUGCUUCUGACUGCUUCACGUGCAGCAGUAAGUUAACCUGCUGCUUCUGACUGCUUCACGUGCAGCAGUGAGUUAACCUGCUGCUUCUGGCUGCUUCACAUGCAGCAGUAAGUUAACCUGCUGCUUCUGACUGCUUCACGUGCAGCAGUGAGUUAACCUGCUGCCUCUGGCUGCUUCAAGUGCAGCAGGAAGUUAACCUGCUGCAGUCUCCCUCGUCCACCUGCCCGUUGCAAAGGCGAGACUCGACAUGGACAGGGUGGACCUCCAGACGAAAGAGGAGCAGAAGAGGUCGCGACGAGGAGAUCACGGGAAGAGGUGGCAAGUCUGUCAAUCUGUCCAGGUUGUGAAGAUACACGUGAACGUGGAGGCCCUGGUGGAAGAGGUGCUGGGGGAGGAAAGAUUGGUGGUGGUGGUGAUAAUGAUGGUCACCAGGACAGAGCAGACGAAGUACAUGGACGUGGCACCGAUGCGAACGACGUUGACUGCAUUGGCCACGCAGUUCGACACAGACAGUCAGAGAAGGUCACGGGAGCCUCCCUGACAAAAUCCAACCACGGGACACAUCGGGCCCUCCACCUCGCGGAGGGCCCUGAUAGCGCUGUGCAGGACGUUGAGCAGCCGGGCUGCGUCCUCCUCCUGUCCGCCGGGGCUGACCACGCCGCCUACUACAGCCCCAUGGGACGCAAGGGUGGCCUGCGCAAGGUAGAGUCUCUGCGGGCGCCGCAGAUGGGCCCGCAGGCCGCACCAUGCGACCUCCGUCGCCAGAAGACGACGUCCCUGGUUGCCCGGCAGCUGGUCCUCGUGGUUCAGCAACAGCGGCAGCGGGGGGUGCCGGCGGCGACGACAUUGUUGACAGCUCAACGAGCGUUGCAGACCACGGCGAGGCCCACUCGAAGGAGGCUCGGCUGGGGGAGGUGAAGGAGACGGCGCUCAGGGAAGUUGAGGAGGAGGAUGCCCAAGAGGGAGGACACGAGUUUCGGGUGUGCGCACAGCCAACGUGGUGUGACCUGUGCGGGGAGUUCAUGUGGGGUGUGGCGCGCCGCUCUCUCCGAUGCCAGCACUGCAAGUUCAGCUGCCACCAGCGCUGCCAGUCCCACAUCCAGCUCGAGUGUCAGCACGGCUGGAGCCAGAGCGAGGAGCCGCUGCUGCAAGACAUCAGCGUCGGUUCAUCAUCAGAAGAGGACCCACUGCGCCCUCUCACCCCCGAGGAACUGCGGCAGAGGAUUGCGUGGUACAACGAGCAGGUGGACAACGGCCUCAACAUCACCCUGCAUGCGAGCGGCCGUUACACCGGCUUCAUCCGCGUCGAGCUCAAGCUGUGCCGCCCGGUGUCCAUCCGGGGUGGGCCCCCCUCCUCCAACUUCUCUCCCCCGGCCCAUCCCUCGUCGCCCCGUACCCCGUCGCCUCCGCCGACCCAACUGCCGCCAUCCCCGGGUUGCGACGCCGCGGCCGCCGCGGCCGACGCCGACGCCGCCGCCGACGACGACGUCUUCGCCACGGCCACGAGCUGGGCACCCUGCUGCUACCUGCCCAAGGGCAGCAGCAAGCAGCUGCACGUGGGCAGCCUGACGACGGCGCGCGAGGUCGUGCGGGCGCUGCUGCGCCGCUUCGCUGUGCUGGACGACGCGCGGAAGUUCGCGCUGUUCGCUCGCACCCAGGCCGGCGGGCAAGUUCGCUUGAGGAAGCUGCCCGACGGGGAGAAGCCUCUGUACCUGCAGCUCCUGGCGGGGCCCGACUCCACGACCCUGAGCUUCCUGCUGAAGGAGAACGAGAGCGGCGACGUCCUGUGGGAGGCAUUUUCCGUGCCGGAGCUGAACAACUUCCUGCGCAUCCUGUCGCGGGAGGAGGACGAGCACGUGCGGCUGGUGCUGCGGCGCUACACGGCGUACCGCGAGCGGCUGCUGCAGAUGCUGGGCGGACGCUCGCCGGGGUGAAGCGGCCCGCACCUCUCUCAGCUACCCCCCCACCCCACAACCACCACCGCCGCCACCACCUCUCUCUUCCUCCGUCGCCGCCAGCUGCCGGCCUCGGUUCGUCUAGCUGCCGCCCCCCCCCCCGCCACCCGUGCAGCUGGCGAUGAUUCACGAAGUUUUUUUUUUCACAGGGAGGUGGCCCACCCCAAAGGACUGUUUGAGUUGUCGGGUUACUUUUUUUUGCGUCCAUUCUCCUUCAUGCGACGCGAGACGAAGAAUCUUGUCUCGCAGCGUCGUGUCAGAGAUUGGCACCCGGAAGUGGAUAUAUCGUAGGGGGGGGGGGCGGGGGGGGUCAGCAUGGCCUGGAGGAGCCCUGGCGGGGACGGAGGCCCAAUUCAUUCCUCACACCAUGGCCCAUGCCAACCGCGCUACGCUAUUGCCGGCCGCCAGACCGUGAUUAGUUAGGUUUUAAAAUAGUUUAUCCAUGUGCAUUGUAUGAGGCCGACACUUCUGUUUACGACGUUGCUCGGAAAAAAAAAAAACUACUUGGCCAAGAUACGAGCUGCUUUGUUGGGUUGCAUCUUGCGUGUAUUCGAGUAGGCACAUCUGAUUAUUCCUCUCCAGUAGCAGCCACAUGGCACGUUGGUUGGUACCGGGACCAGACUCCUUGCAUUAUGCUAAGCAGGCAACAAUCACUAAAUUAAUCAUUCCCAAGAUUUGUAAUCCGUCACUUUCAUCAAAAAGCUGAGACAAGUGCGAAUAGCAUCGAGAAAAAUUAAACAAAGAAAAGAGUAAUGUUUUUUUUUUAAUCCGGUCUUAAAAGCACCGACCGUCACAGCUGAGCAGACUUCAGUCGGCAGAGGCUGCUCCAGAUCAAAAGAGCUGCAGACGGACAACUCCGAUCUGCUGUCCAAAGCCAAGUGGAUCUCACACACAGCAGGUCCUUUCCAGGUUGAGCAUAGGCUUUCGUCACGUACCUAUGGGCGGAUGGCAUCGCUCGGAUAGCGUGGUUGAUCAGCUGUCUUUGCUAUAAAAGCGAGCGCUGCGACCUUGAAACCCACAGCUCCUCCAAAAGGUUUCGGGAGCUCUGGUGAGAGUUAGGGCUAGACAUACGACUUCUGGGGAGGGGGGUGUUUUUGGCAGAUGCUGGAGAUGUUCGCGAAGGCGAUGGUUUCGUGUGGCAACUCAACUUUGUGCGAUGGCAUUUGCGACAUCAUCUGUUCUCGCCGAUGCGUGGUGCAUGGUUCAAAGGCGAGGUGUUUGUCCAGUGUAAUAGCCAGCAACUUGAGAUUGCUAUGUGUUUUUUACGGAACUGCCCGCCACGAUGAUGGAAAUUGUCGCGUUCAGAGGUCGUAACUUGUGAUGAGUUGCAAGGAUCGUGUCGCUCGGACUUUAAGGAGGUCGACUUGUGGCUUGUUGAAGAUCAGCCCGUGUUGUAGCGAUGGUUAACGUUGAGAGAAGGUUUAUUUGUAUCCGCGCCAGACGUUUUCAAAGUGGAUAUAGAGCAGUGUGUCACCGGCAGAUUGAUGUACGGAUACACCGAGACUCUGUACAAGCCUGGCUCCUGGAGACGCGUGAGUUGCAAAGAGAACGGGGCCGAGAACGGAUCUCCGUGUGACGCCGGAGAGGGGGCGGGGGGACGAUGGUGGACAUGUCGUGGCCACGUUUGGUGAAGCUGGAUCGCCCGGUCGAGGUUGAGAUUCCAUCGAGCGGAUGGCGUCGUCAGCGAUUCCCGAAGUGUCUCUGCAGGCAGUGCAGGAGGACAACUCGGUGGUUCGAUGGUAUAUCAAAAGCGCCCGAAAUGCCCAGUCCGACCAGUGCUACCACCAAACCUAAAAUCGAAAGUUGCCAAGAGGUCGUUUGAUAAGUCACGACACGGUCUCUAAAAACUUCACUUUUUCUCAAGUAUAUAUACAUUUUUAAAAUAUAUACUUGAGAAAGCCGAUGAGCUAUAAAGCUCUUUUUCACAGACGUUUAGAAGGGGCGGGUAAGAACGUUACAACAACAUACAAUAAAAACACAGGUAAGGGCCAUGAAGCUAUACAGCUCUUUUUCAGAAGCGACCUGGCUAUCACAAAUGAUAGCUCAACGAAGUGACUUAUCAUGUGGAAAUUUAAAGCAGCCAAAUACUGUUCCUUCUAAAUGUGUAGGGAAAAAACUG